GGCAUUACUAGGAAGGGUACCGACCACUUCGGGCGAGACCACGUAGCAGCGCGACCAUGGGCCCGACCGAGCAAGAAGUAGCGCUCAUCUCGCAUGGCCGCAAGAUCCUCGAGGUGUACAAGCACAAGGGCGUUAUCAACGGGUACAUUGAGCGACCGGAUGCGCCUCACGGCGACGACGAGCCGGCCAUCGCCAAGCACGAGCGCUGGCAGAGCGUGACCGCCAAGCACACGCAGAGCAGCCAGCUGCUCCAGUCGAUCGAGCGCAGCAUGCUCAAGCUUCUCGAGAACGUUGGUAGCGCCGACACGCCGGCGGCUUCUUUGAGCCAUGUCACGGCGCCGCUCGUCGCCCAACUGCGCCAGCUCCUCCGCCAGAAGCAGCUCCUCGAAGAUGACAUGGGGCGAGAUUUCCAGGCUCUUGGACCACCGGUCGUCCUCGAUGCGUCCAACAAUGUACCCUCGGUUUGGCUAGCCCACGCCGACGUCGACGCGCUCGUCCACGCCAAGGUCGCGCCACUGGAAGCCGAGCUUGCGCAGGCCAAGACGACAAUCGACGACAUGCAGGUCAAGCUGCACGCGUACAAGGUCCAGCUCCAGCAGCAAGCGGCGAGUACGUCGACGCCUCUCGCAUCUUCGGCAUCGUUCAGCCCACGUGCGCUCAUUCAGCGCCUCGAGCGCCACAUCCAAGAGAAGGACGAGCUCAUCCGUGCACUCCGCGAGACGUUGGACGACGUAGCGAACGACAGCAGCCGCAUGGAGAAGCUUCUCAUCGCGCAGAGCGACUCGAUUGCGAUGCUGCAGAACGACCAUCAGCUGCGGGAAGCCACGGCAGCGUCGGCGGUCCCCGCAAGCGUACUUUCACCGCCCACGUCCGAGACGCAGGACCUCGUGCCGCCGGACGACGGUCAUGCGCACCGCGUCGAGGACUUCGAGACACCGUUGCCACCGGGCUGGGAGAUGCGCGUCACCAACACGGGCGACGUGUACUUUAUCCAUCGGCACUCCAAAGUCACGACGUGGGUCGACCCGCGCUCGCACCCGAUCCAGCUGCAGCCGUCGCUCUCGCCCAACGCGCCGCUCUCGUCGCAGUACGCGAUUGAGUUUCACGAGAAGCGUCCGAUCGGCGUCCUCUUCCAGCCCAACACGCCGGUCGAUCAAGGCGCGUGCGUGCGCCGUGUCCUUGAAGACACGCCGGCCGAAUACGCCGCCCAGAUCCAGCCAGGCCACCAGCUCGUCGCGGUCAACGGCCACCGCAUCCAGGAAGCGUCGUUCCGACACAUCAUGCUAUUGCUACAAGGCGGCUUUCGGCCGCUCACAUUGACCUUCGAUCGGCUCGUGCGAGUGGGCACCUUGCUACUGGACGACGAAGGACAGGAAGGGACGCGCGAUACUGGCGACGAGAUGGAGAACCCGUCUGGGUUCUCGCUGGCCGACCAGCUCAUCACGGGCGUCUUCUCGCUUGUGUGGGCGGCGCCCGACGAGACGACGACGUCGUCGGCGGUGCAGCCUAUUUAAAGAAUGACUCUGUGGUAUAAAAGAACAGGAAAUGUGGCGUUUCACCGCUUUUGCAUGGUUGACAGGGGCUAGAUACACGCAACGUUAGGUUUAAAAAA